GAAUUCUUGAUGUUGUUGAUGUACCAGCACCUUCAGUUGUUGAAAGUAAGUUUCACUCAUGGCCUUGGAAGAUCAAGAAUAAGUAUUAUACUGCAGAUAUUCACAUAAGCUGUGUGGAAUGUUUGGAAAGUCAUAAAGAACGUGUACUCACCACUUGUGAAGCCUUGAUAGUAUAUUGUGAUUCACAUGAGGCAACAUCUUUAGAGAACUUGAACAGCCUUUUGGAAUCUCUGGGAGGUUUUGAACCUGAAGUGCAAAUGUUGGUCUGUGACACAUGUUCAGCAGACGAUGAUAGCCUGGGACUUUCAAGACUGAAAGCUCAACAGUGGUGUAUAAGUAAUAGAUGGGAACUGAUUGAACUUAAUAAGAUAGAAGAGGAGGAUUCCGGUCAUGAAGAUGACUUUCCUGAAAGCUGGGGUUUUCAGCGCAUCCGUCAGGCCUUGCAUGCACACACAUGGUCCAAUUUGGAAAUGAAAGAUACUAGUAAUGCUAAUAGUCUGAAUGCUAUGAUGCAAUCUGUGGUUGCAAUGGAUGAAAGAAAAGCUGAGAAAAAUGAAAAUUCCAGUGAAGUGAUGUACUCCCGACUAGAAGACUUAACUCUAAAUUCUGAAGUUAGCUCCAGCAAUCACACAUCAGAGGAUGGUCUUAAUUCUUCUACCCUAGAAGAGUAUUUUGAUACUGGUGAUGGAGAUUUUGAAAAACUGUUCUCUAGUUUUGAACAGAUGAAAAGGACAGCAGCAAGUUUACCUUUGGAACAUCGGCGAGACUAUGCUGAAAAAGUAGCAAUAUCCUUUUGGAAGGCAAUUGGAGGACCAGAGGAUGAAUUAGAUGGUUUAGACUCUGACUGAUGAUUCUCUUUCCCAUAACCAUAUAUUGUUAGCACACUUACAAGUACAUAUGUUGUUUAGAAACUUUUACAAGUGUUGCAAUUAUGUAUCAUGACUUUGCCUAGAGUUGUUUCAGUAGAACAAUAAUACAUCUAUUGAGUUGUGAAAUUGAACAUACAAUAUUUAUACUGUUUUAUAUUAUAUAGACAAUUUUCCUAAGUUUUACGACUGAAAAUCAUUGCAAAUGAAUGGAUUAAUUUGAUGGAAUCUGUAAAGAAAUGUUUUUCAAAUAUGGUAGUACUAUAUUGUAAUGCAGAGGCCAUCAAGAAUUGUUUCAUGAAAGUAAAAAAAAAAAUAUAUCGUAUGUAUUUUCUGGUACAAUGAAGUCAAGCUUCCUAGUAUUUGAAUAAUUAAGUUGUGGUGGAGUUUGUAAGGUUUACAAGAAUAUUAGUUGCAGAAUUAAAUUUGCGUUUUAACAUUAUUCCAUUUGUACACAUUGAUAAUCACUAAUUGUUCAUACUCGAACAAACCUUCGGUCUUAACAAUAGGAUAAUUCCUAGCACCUAGCUGGAUCCAGUUAAAUCACAGAUGAAAGCAAGGAAUUUUGUGAGAUCUGGCAAUGCAAGCGUAUAUCGGGUGAAGAGUGGUCAAGGACCACGCAUCUACCCCACCGCGUCAGUUUUUUCUGAACCGCCUGAGCAAAAGUUGUGGUUGUCCUCUCUCAGCCUUUACCCGGUUCAUUGUCAGUUUCACUUGUGUUUUAGUGUGUGUGUGUGUGUGUGCUGUUAUUAUGGCUUCUGCUCCAUCUCGGCCUCGUCAAUGUGUAUGCCCCGGAACUCCAGGUUUUCUGUGUUCUCGUUUUUUGCCUUUGGCUGCGACCGACAACCAUGUCACUCGUAGUAGUUGUCGCUUUAAUGUUUGUACUAUAACGAAUCCCUGCAUGGAAUGCUGUGUAUGGCCUAGAGAGCAGUGGAAGUUAUUUUAUAGCAUGAGGGAGCAGCAUCGUAGGGUUUCUACUCUUCCUUCAUGGGAGGGUUUUUCUUCUCCUCUUUCCGAUGCUUCGUCUCCUGCUGCUGUCACACCCCAUACUAGUGUUGUGCCUUUGUCCCCUUCCUUUUCUUCCAUUGAUUCGUCGUUGGAAGUAUCGGGAGGCUCAAAGGCUGAUUUAUGUAAUGUCGCCCCUUCUUCUUCGGGAGUUAAUUUGAUUCCCGAGAGGGAGGAGGCUUUUUCAUCAAUUUCUUUUAUUUCAGAGUUGGAGGCGUCCAAAGUGGCGGCACUUUGGGGGACGCUUGGUCUAUGGGGUCCUCCCUCCUUGGAGGGUUUUCUGAUGCACGUCAUGAAUGCUCGCUACCCCCCUCCUCAUGCUGUCCAGGCCCUACCCCCUCAUCCUGGCCUCGUCUUCGUGGGUAGCCGAGGUCAGCCAUUUUCUAUUGCUCUGCCAGUGACAACUUCCCAUUCGGAUCGAGGGGAAGCCGUGACGUCAUCACUGCUUAUGACGUCACUUCCAUCGAUGACGUCACUCCCAGUCUUCUCCACUGCUCUGCCACGCUCGUCUGUGUCGUCAUCAUUUGCUGCCAUGAUGUCAUCUCUGCCAUCCAGUUCGCUGCCUCUCCCUUCCAUGUUGUCGGACCCUUCUUUUGCUGAUCCGUCUGAGGCUUUAUGCCAGACAGUUCUUAAGAGAUUGGACUCUGUUUUAGAAGAUAAGUUGGCUGCCAUGUCGGCUGGGAGGACUGGAAGCAAGCGUGUUGCAUCGCCCCCGCCUCCUGCGAAGAGAUUGCGUAAGGACCCAGUGCUCUCUUCCUCUCCUUCUCCCCCAUCUCCGCCGCAUCGGCAUAUCAAGCAUUGGAAGGUUAAGAACUUUGUCCUUUCUUCGUCUGUGAGUGAGGAGCAGCACACCCGUGUUACUGAGAGUGUUGGUGUUACGUAGUGUUAGUGUAUCUUCCCCGGUGUGAUCCGCAGUAGCUGCUUUGUCCUCUUGAGUUGAGUCAUGAGCGUGUUGCAGCCUCCCUCGUUCGUGCACGUUGCAGGUGCUCCCACUUCUCCUUAUCCAGGGCCUAUUCGUUGCUGUAAGGAUCUCAAGGUUCCUGUCAAGAGGUCGAAGGUUGUGAGUGCGGAGUUGGUGCAGCAGGAGUGUUUGCCUGCCCCUCUCCCUGGUACUUCCAGGAGUUCGACUCCGAGGGAUUCUCAUUCUAUCUCAAGUGUUCGAGAUUCCUCACCGACUCACAUUCAUACGUCUGCCAUGCCCAAGCCCGUGCCUGUUCGCUAGAGAGUCAUCUGUUGGGAGAGUGCGUAGUGAUGUCCCUAGUGUUGUAGUUGGUUUAUCGCAGGUUAGUUAGCGUUUCAGGCUGUUUGGCUGCGGUUCUUCUGUUAAUUUAAAUGAGGAAGGUGCUUUAGAUAAGCCUGCACACCCUUCUCAUCGUCGGUCUCUGUUGCCAGAGCAGGAGGAGGGAGACACGCAAGAGUUUUUGUCUUUCUUUACAGAAGUUGACGAUCUCAUUCGUGGAUUCAACAAUUUGGAGAGUAGGACACGGGGCUCGGUUGUCUUACACUCCUUCCUGUUUGGAAACCUUGCUGGGAGCUAUGCGGGAUCCUAAGUCAUCGUUUCAACUUCCCUUGUCGGUGCAUGUCCAGUCGGUCUUGCAUAAGGUUUAAUGCCUCUGUUUCAGAACGGGAAGGUUUGCUUCAGUCUAGGGGCUCUGCAGAGCUGCUACCCCCGCCUCUCACGGGGCAUAGGAAGUACUAUGCUACGAACUCUGCUUUUUUGAUGUUGUGUCAUCUUAACCCGGACGUCAUUCGUCUGAAGCCGGGAUUGACUUUGGAGCAGGUGAGGUUGGUGGAAUACAGCAGCCUCAAUGUUGCAGACAGGUUCUUGGCUGGACUUCUGGUCUAUGGUCAUUGCCAAGAUAGCUUCUGACAGGUCCCCAGAGGGGUUGGUGAGUGCUUCAUCUCUUGCCAGUUUGUUGCAUUCCGGAGGCAAAGCGUUUUCGUAUAUGGCUCACCUCAUUGUUAAUUUAUGGGCUAACCUUCUCCUGAUUAGAGGAGGCAUGGCUUUAUCCAGGAUAGAAAGAUCGGUUGACCCUGAGUCCUUACUGGCAUUGAGGAAUGGAGAUCUGUUGGAGUCUCAAUUUCUGUUCCCUCAGACUGAGCUGGAGAAUGUGAUAGACCGGCACCGGGCUGACACAACUUGGUUUUAAAAACAUGCUUUUCGGAAAGUGUUCUUAUUUGCUUUCCAUGUAGUAAUGUACAUGCAUAUUCUUAGACCUCAGUUUACCAUAGUUAAUUGAUUAUUCUAAACUGGCAUGCUUACAGUAACUUUGCUCGUAAAUAGCAGUAUAAUUGUGUCUGUGUGCGCUCUGAAAUAGGGGAUCUAGUUAUAAGGUCAUAGGAAUUUAAAGAUACAACUUUUAAUAUAAAAUUUUAUUAAUUCUCAUUUUUCUAACAAAUGUAAGGCAAUCAUUCGCAUAAACUUAGCACACCUUCCUUGCAUAAGAAAACAUUAAAAAUAUUCAUAAUUAAAUCUUUGGCAAAAUAACCUAUAAAUAACUUAUUUAACUUGAAUUACCCAUUCGUAUAAAUACAUUAUUAUUUACAUGUUUUAACCAUAAUGUCAAACUAGGACUGAGCUCAGCACUUCAACUACUAGACAUAAAGCCAAUAUUUAAGAGUCCAUAACAUUUUCUCUAUUUGUGUUUCGUAUGUGUUCAAUUAAAUUCACAAACAUAUCAAAUGCAAAUUACAACCUUGCUUUUAGACCUCUGUUGUCACUUGUACAGGAUAUUCAUUGUAACUCAUGUUGUAGAUAACUAUAUUAUCAUCAAAUGGCAUCAGGGGUCUAAUCAUAACUUUAUGCCUAGGGGAUGGACAAGGAAUUCAGUCCUUUUGAAAUUGAUGGUUAUAUCUAACAACGUCUUGAGACCAUCAAGCAGCACUUUUGUGAAAUGAUGGUUAGUGAAAUUAAUUGUU